AUGAAUCCUUCAGCCAGUAUUAGUUUUCUUUUUCUAGUUGUUAUUCUCGGAACAUCCCACUUAGUUUCAGCCUCAUCAUCAUCCUCCUAUUAUGAACCCGCCAAAUAUCGCUCAGAAGAAGAUCAACAAGUUCAAUCCUCAUCAUAUUCCUAUUCCUAUGACAAUUAUGAUCCCAAAGAACAAAAAGUCCCGGCAGCCUCAAAGUACAAGAAUUAUGAAGAUCAUCCCAAGGAUAAUCAUGAUGAUCAAUACCAUGAUCACAAGGAUCGUGGAGAUCAUGAUGAUCAAUAUCAUGACAAGGAUCAUGGAGAUCAUGAUGAUCAACAUGAGCCUUGGAAGAGUACUGUCUUUUCUCUAACGGUUCCAAAUGUAUUCCCUGAUAAUAGUCAAGACAAGAAGAAGCCCUACAACGGCGAGGAUUCGCUUUCGGCUUACUACUAUUACCGGAGCUGCCCGGAAUUUGAAUCCAUUGUGAGUAAAAAAGUUCGGGAAUGGGUUGGCAAGGAUGUCACUCUUGCUGCUAGUCUCCUCAGGUUGCACUUCCAUGACUGUGCUGUCCGAGGAUGUGAUGCCUCCAUUCUACUCAACCACGAGGGAAGCGAGAGGAAAGCCACAACAAGCAAGACACUCAGAGGGUUUGAAGUGAUGGACGAGAUUAAGGCAGAAGUUGAGAAGAAGUGUCCAAGAACAGUGUCGUGUGCCGAUAUUCUGACUGCGGCGGCUAGAGAUGCGGCGGUUGCAACCGGUGGUAGAUACCGGACAGUCGACUAUGGCAGGAAAGAUGGUUUCAUUUCCAAUGCCGAGGAGGCUGAAUCGCUGGUGCCGAUGGGCCGGGAAAGCAUUACAGAUUUGAUUGAGUUUUUCCAGUCCUUAGGGUUGGACAUCGAUGAUUUGGUUGCUCUCUCAGGGGCACACACCAUUGGGAAGUCUUCUUGCGGUGCAAUACAUCAUUGGCUCUACAAUAAAACUGCUUUGCCAUAUCAGUCCAAUAUUGACCAAAAAUAUCUUGAUUACUUGCAAAGAAAAUGCAGAUGGGCCUCAGACUACGUUGAGCUUGACCCAACAACUCCCAAUGAGUUCGACAACGAAUACUUCAUAAAUCUAAUUUACAAGAAAAAUGGACUUUUAUCAACAGAUCGAAUGCUCUAUUCUGAUCCAAGGACCUCUUAUAUUGUUAAGACAUUGGCUUACGACCAGUCAACUUUCUUCUUACAGUUUAAGAAGUCAAUGAAAAAGCUUGGGAAUGUUCAAGUCCUAACUGGUCCAAAUGAAGGCGAAAUUCGUACCAAUUGCAAUUUUUUAAACUCUCGUUAUUGA